GAAGCUGUCAGGCAUUGCGAACUGGCGCAGGGGCCGCCGCAGGCACAGCCGCACAGAGGAGCGAAGGUAGCGAACCCAUCUCCGCAGCCGGCGACCGGGGAAGGGACUCUCACCUAACCCUAGAGAGAGAGAGAGGUGCUAGGUGGAGGCGGAGGCGGCGAUGGAGGUGGUGGCGCUGGUGAGCGGCGGCAAGGAUAGCUGCUUCGCCAUGAUGCGAUGCCUGGAUUACGGCCACAAGGUUGUUGCUUUGGCUAAUCUCAUCCCCCUCGACGACGCCGUCGACGAGCUCGACAGCUACAUGUACCAAACUGUUGGGCACCAGAUUGUGGUGAGCUACGCGAAAUGCAUGGGUCUGCCUCUCUUUCGGAGGCGCAUUCGCGGAUCCACAAGGGACCAGGGUCUUAAAUAUAAUGUUACCGCAGGAGAUGAAGUAGAGGAUAUGUUUGCUCUCUUGAGCGAGGUUAAACGACAAAUUCCAUCCAUCAGUGCAGUGUCCUCGGGUGCCAUCGCAUCUGAUUACCAGAGGCUUCGGGUUGAGAGUGUUUGCUCAAGGCUGGGCCUGGUCUCGCUGGCGUAUUUGUGGAAGCAGGAUCAGACUUUGCUCCUAGAGGAAAUGAUGAGAAGGGGAAUCGUGGCAAUAACAGUUAAGGUUGCUGCUAUGGGGCUGAAACCUUCUUCUCACUUAGGUAAAGAACUGGCUGAACUUAAGUGUCAUCUGCUCCAAAUGAAUGAGAGUUAUGGAAUCAAUGUCUGUGGUGAAGGUGGAGAAUAUGAAACACUAACACUUGACUGCCCUCUGUUUCGUAAUGCUAGAAUUAUUCUUGAUGAUUCUGAAGUGAUACUCCACUCUGCUGACUCUAUCGCUUCCGUUGGAAUUCUUCAUCCACUAGCGUUUCAUCUUGAGCACAAGCCAGAUUCAUCUGAUAGAAUCAGGGUUAGUGCUGAUUCCCAAGAGAGUUCUAGUUUAUUGUAUGAAGUAGAUGAAGGUAUUGCGCACACUGAUGUGGAAGAAAAACAAACCUUGAGUCCAGCACCAACUGUUGAUGCUUACACAAAUAUAGACCUAUGCAUUUCAAAGACAGGGAAAAAUUUGCUUUCCAUUGGCUGUUGGAUUCAGGAUCCUUCUAAUGCUUCAGAAGUAGGCCUGAAGGAAGACCUUGUAGCAGUUUUGAGCAGAAUUGAUAAUCAGCUCAAGGAAGAAGGGUUAGGUUGGGUGAACGUUUUAUAUGUUCACCUCUACAUUUCAAGCAUGAAGGAAUUUGGAUUGGCCAAUGAAGUUUAUGUCAGCUUCAUUACAGAAAAGAAAUGCUACCUGGGUGUACCUUCUCGCAGUACAAUUGAAUUGCCACUAGUUCAGGCUGGGUUGGGCAAAGCAUAUGUGGAAGUUCUAGUUUCAAAUGAGCUGGUCAAGAGAGUUCUACACGUGCAAAGCAUCUCCUGUUGGGCUCCUAGCUGCAUUGGACCUUACAGCCAGGCAACACUUUAUGGAGAGAUUCUUUAUAUGGCUGGUCAGCUGGGGCUUGACCCCCCUACGAUGAAGCUCUGUCCUGGUGGUCCAAUGGCUGAACUAGAAUUAGCAUUACAAAAUAGUGAAGCUGUGGCUAGUGCCUUUAGCUGCUCUAUCUAUUAUUCAGCAAUACACUUUCUGGUGUACUGCUCUUCACACUUGACAUCCGAUGAGAGGGAAGAAGUCGAACAAACACUGCAAAGUUCUUACAUUACUCGCUUGGAUUGCUCAAAAACUGGAUCAUAUCCCACUGUUCUAUAUGUAUUUGCACCAGAUCUCCCAAAAGGAGCACUUGUGGAGAUAAAACCUAUAUUGUAUGUCCCCACCAAUAAUGACGAAGUUGCAACCAGAGAGAUGGAGAGUGGAGUGCCGCAGCCAGCACUGAGCAAAGCUUGGAGUGACUGGGGUGCACAAUACUCUGACUUGCAUGACUCAUGCUGCCAGAUCCACAUAAUUGGUGGGAGAAUUUGUUCUGCUGUGGUCUCGAUCACAAGCGAGAUCGCAUCAAAGAUCUGUUCCACAGCCAAACAGCUAGACUACAGUGAGGAGCAUUUGAAAGUUCUUGCUAGAUUUUGUGUUUUCCAGCUCGCAAAGAUCCUGGUGGAUAACAAAUUUUCCUGGGACAGCAUAAAGAUGUUGAGGUUCUACUAUUCGGUAGAGCACUCAGUGGCAGCGGAUGUGAUGUCCCAUGCGUUUUCUGUGGCCUUCACCGUGCUCGCAGAAAACAAUAGUUCGUUACAAAUUGAUGGGGUUCCUCCUUAUAACAUUGUGCCGGUAUCUGGAUCAGGUCGCUCAGCAUGUAUGAACGAUAUACUAACAUUCGAGUUAUUGGCUUCCAUAGUUUAAGUCAAACCCUAUCCUGUACAGCCUUCCAGAUUGGUUGCUGCGAUUUGCUGGAAUGGAAUGCAGCUCUUCUUUGGGGUGUCUGGGGCAUGCAAAAUUUGUGCCAGAAUAGCCGGCGGUCUAUUAGUUGUCAGUUGGACAACGGUUAAUCAUUUUCUUUAGGCUUGGCAGGAUAAGUAUACCAUGAUCAUGUGAUACUACGCUACAUUUCUAUACACAAUACACUGGGUCUUAUUGGCCCGUACUGAAGCUUGUAAUGACAUUGGUCUACUGAGAUCUAUUUUAUAUCGUGUUAUUUCUUUGUGGUAA